AUGACGGAUUAUACAAACCUUCGCAAGAUUGUUACAGGCGAUAUUAUUGUAAAAUGUCGUUUUGGCAAUGAGAUACGUCGUAUACCCAUCAACGGCGUUCCAACCUAUGACGAACUGUGCUUGAUGAUGUAUCGCGUAUUCAAGCAGGAUAUAAAAUCGUCUCAAGAUAUCUCACUGAAAUAUAAAGAUGAAGAAGGAGACAUGAUUAGUCUGUUGGAUGAUAUUGAUAUCACACAUGCUAUCUCUAUUAGCAACUUGCUCAGAAUUACCGUUUAUGAUAAAUCAGAUCAGACCAAACAACAACCACAGCAGCAGCAUCCAACAAAUCCAGUUGAAUUAUCAUCGUUGAUGGACAUUAGAGACAAACUGGAUCUGUUGAUUCAGUCAUUGACUGCUGAGAAGAAGGAAGGAGAGAAGGCCAAGGAGGAACAGGGCAAGAAGAUGCAUCGUCUGACUCCUGCUGAAUUAGCUUCCUUCUUGUCGAAUGAUACAGAAAACAAACAAGCAUCUUCUGUGACAGAGCUUACCAGCUUGUCUCCAAAAGCACCUUCUUCUGGAACAAUUCCAUACUAUCCUCCUCCUAGCAAUGCUACUACUACUUCAUCUGCAAUGCCAACGCCGAAUGUUGCUGCAACAAAUCAGCCACAAGCUAUCCCUCAACCACAACAGCAGCAACAGCCUCAGGUACAACUACAUCAGCAACAACAGCCAUCCCAUCCUUCAUCCCAACCACAAAUGCAUUCUUCAUAUAUCCAAACGCCUCCACCAGUCAGCCAAAAGCCAGCAUCUCAACAGCAACAACCAAGACCUCCACAAGCCCAACACUCUUUUGGCCAUGCAAAUCAAAGCAGCAAUGUGUUCAUUCCGUAUUAUCCACCUCCUCCCAAAAAUGAGAUGAGACCUCCUCCUCAGCAACCACCACAACAGCAACAGCAACAGCAACAGCAACAGCAACCACCAUCUCAACAGCGACAAGGUUAUUUUGUCCCUCCACCGCCUUCUUCUAUGAAUACACCUCAACUGCCUCCACAACCGUUUCGUCCCCCUCAACAUUGGUAA